CCUUACUAUUCCUAGUUGACCAACCUCAACCAACCUUCCUUUACCUCUCUAAUGGCACUGGCCAAAGACCAAAACAUUCCACAUGAUUCAACCAUGAGCACCAAGGUUCCAAACUGUGUUUUCAGUGAGGCCGUGGAAACUACCUCAGUGACCGUUCAUAGGGUCAAUGAGUACCACAAAUCAGUUAUAGAAGAGGAAAAUGGCUCACAAACUACCAAUGGCCUCAGCAAUGAUUCAGGUAUAACGCAUUCUCCUCCUCUAUCCGGCAGUGGCAAAGGGUAUACUUAUAAGGAGAAAAGUUACCAGCUUGACGAAGAAGAAUCACUGAUUCAUUUCAAAGGGUACAGCAAUCUCAUGCAAGGAGGUGAAUCUUUGCUUAGCUUUCAGCAUAACAGGCUGGUCCCUAACAGUUGUUACUCGAAAGAUAUUAGUCAGAAAGAGUACUGUGUUUGGGAGAAUAGUUUGCAUCAAGGUCAUAACCACUGGAAUCAGCAUAGUCCAAGAAGUAAUAAAGACAUGCGCCUGGUGCAGGAUUUCAAUUGCUUUCAAACUGCUAGUUGCUAUGGCUCCAUGGUCGACAAUGCAAAAGAGAAGCAAUAUGGCGAACGUUCAUCAGGGUGGCUAUACUCAGCAUCAACUAUCCCUAAUGAUAAGAGCCUCCACAAUUUAGCAGCACGAGAGAUGGUGUUGCAAAAGCGUCCUUCUAUGGGAGAGAGCAUGAAAGCUGCAAAGAAGCAAUGCUCAACUGAGAGCAAAACGCUAAAACACAAGUCAAGCCCCUCCAAGGAUCCUCAAAGUGUGGCUGCCAAGAAUCGAAGAGAGAGGAUAAGUGAACGACUGAAGAUACUACAAGAACUAGUGCCUAACGGCUCCAAGGUUGAUAUGGUUACCAUGCUGGAGAAAGCAAUUAGCUACGUCAAGUUUCUUCAACUUCAAGUGAAAGUGUUGGCAACUGAUGAAUUAUGGCCUGCGCAAGGUGGAAAACCUCCUGAUAUUUCUCAAGUAAAGGAAGUCAUCGAUGCCAUUCGUUCAUCACAAAGAGAGAGAAGUUUAAACUCAAAGUAGAUGACUAUAAUCAUGGGUCCAAGGAAAUAAUAAUGUCACAAGAAUCAAGCACAGAAUUUUAGAACAAGAAAAUCCUUGCUCUGAGAAUUGUGAGCUCGGCAUUCUACAAAUUCAGAAUGCAUGACUUUUUAAUCCAAUAUCUUUCAGUGUUGCCUCUAUCUCCCUAGAAUUUAAUUAACAAAAUAAUGGAAAAAUCUUUAUCUCAUGGUAGUUUUCUCUGUAUUAGUUACA